AUGUCCCGGUGGUCAGAUCUUCCACGAGAAUUGCUCCAACUGAUAACCCAAAAGCAAACCAACUAUGUUGAUUACCUUAGGGUCAGAAUCGUUUGCAAAACAUGGAGAUCGGCGUUACCAAAGAAACCUCAUGAUCUUCUCUGUCAACUUCCAUGGCUAUUGCUUCCUUAUGAAAAUGACAGCCCGAGCCACCGAGGCUUCUACAACCUUGCAGACGGAAAAACAUACCGUCUGGAAUUGCCUGAAGCUUAUGAAAAACGGUGCUGCGGUUCUUCACAUGGUUGGUUGGUUGUGGUCGAGGAAAGCCCCACAAUCUUUCUCCUAAAUCCUUUAACAAAAGCCAGAAUCGAGCGUCCUUCUUUAUCCACUUUCCCUAAUUUUCCUACUCAAGUGGUGUUCCAAAAUUCACGGAACCUGCCUCCGAGUUCCAUUAUGUCGUCCAAACUACGCCUAAGAGAAAGUUUUAUCAGAAAAGUCAGAGUGUCUGCAGAUCCGUCAUUGGUUUCCAACUUCAUGGUCAUGGCCAUAUACGGUACCAAGAAUGAAAGUUUAGCUUUUUGUGCAUCAGGAGACCUAGCUUGGACUAUCAUUAAAGAAACCUCACCACCAGCAAAUUAUAAAGAUAUUAUGUUUUAUGCAGGAAAUUUCUACGUAGUUGAUAAAAUAGGAAUAGUUUCAAUCUGCAAAACAGAUAAGCCUCCAUCAUUGAUCCAUGUUGCAGAUCCACCACACGUCCCACCAGAAAUAGGAUACAAGCAAUGGUACUUGGCAAGUUUAAAUGAGCAUUUAUUAUUGGUAGGUCGAUUCAGGAAAUAUAAUGUUCCUGUUUAUGGAUACGAAACUUUUAGAUUCGUGGCUUACAAGCUAGAGACAGGGGAAUCAAAAUGGUCAGAGGUGGAGAGUUUGGAGGAUAAAAUGUUGUUUUUGGGUUGGAAUUGCUCUCAUUCUGUAUCAGCUCUGGAUUUCAAAAAAUGCAAAGGGGACUGCAUUUAUUUUACUGAUGAUAACUUUCUGGUCUGUUCUGAUUUCAAAUGGGAGGGCCACGAUUUUGGCAUUUUCGACUUCCAUGAUGGAAGUGUCCGGCGUCUAGGAUUACCCUUGUAUCGGAUUAAACAGCCGCGCAGUCCUUGCAUUUUCUUUCAUCAGGAAAGCCUGAAACGAAAUUGGUCCUUGUUCGUUUUGCCACCACCUGUUUGGCUUACAAUUAGUCCAUGA